UUAAAAGAGUGUUGUUCAAGGAAUAUGUCCCGUCCUGAACAACUGGCACCUCCAGAGGUGUUCUACAAUGAUUCAGAAUCAAAGAAAUAUACCUCCUCUACACGUGUGCAACACAUUCAAGCCAAGAUGACAUUCAGAGCUUUAGAAUUAUUAAAUUUAGAAGAUUAUUCACAUUUUAUACUAGAUAUAGGGUGUGGUUCAGGACUUAGUGGAGAGAUCCUUACAGAAGAGGGCCACAUAUGGUGUGGUAUGGAUAUUUCAACAUCGAUGUUGGCGACUGGAUUGGAUCGUGAAGUUGAUGGUGAUUUAUUCUUAGCAGAUAUGGGGAAUGGUAUACCUUUUAGAGCUGGUUCUUUUGAUUGUGCGAUUAGUAUAUCUGCUAUCCAAUGGCUUUGUAAUGCGGAUAGUGCGGAUGUUGACCCUAAGAAGAGAUUGUUGAGGUUUUUCAAUACGUUAUUUGCAAGUUUGAAAAGAGGUGGGAAAUUUGUUGCACAAUUUUAUCCAAUGAAUGAUGAACAAAUUGAUUCAAUAUUGAGUAGUGCUAAAGUGGCAGGGUUCCAAGGUGGGUUAGUUAUUGAUGAUAGUGAAAGUAAAAAAAAUAAGAAAUAUUAUUUAGUAUUAAGUGCUGGACAAAGUGCCCAAAAUUUGAAUUUAGCAGGUGUUACAAUGGAUGCACCUGAAGAAGUUGGUAAAAAGAUUAAUAAAAAGUUAAAGAGAAAAUUGGAAAGUAGAAAAGAUUAUGUUAAUAGAAAGAAGGAAUUAAUGAAGAAAAGAGGGAAACAUGUUGCUAAAGAUUCUAAAUUCACUGCAAGAAAGAGAAGACCUAGGUUUUAGAGCAAGGGGAUCAGGC